AUGAUAAACCAUGUUGCCAGGAAUAGUUGGGGUCUCUCCUCUAAACAUUGCAAACUCAUUUACACCAGUGCUAUCGAGCCAGCGCUGCUCUAUGCCACUGAGCUAUGGGGCAACAGAGCCUCAAUUGUUCACAACCACAGGAAACUGGCCUCCAUCCAGAGAGGCUUCGCCAUUCGCAUCUGUAAAGCCUACAGAACAGCGCCCACAGACGCUCUUCUUACUAUUGCUAACCUUGUUCCUAUAAACAUCAAGAUUAAAACGAGGAUGUGGAAAUGGCACCUCAUGAAUGGUAGGAUACAUGACCUCACUAACGACAAAAUCCAGGAACUAAUUAAUAACAAUCAAAUACCUAACAGCACAAUAGUUAACACUAUAAGUCGGCACGGCAUUGAUCACUACUACAAGGACUACCUAAGUAAAAGCCAUCCAGCAACAUCUUCAUCCAACCUAAUUUGUGAAAUCAACAACCCGACAGAAGACAAUGCCAACUGGCACGCCUACACGGAUGGUGCUAGUAAUGAAUUAGGAACAGGAUCCGCUUUUGUCAUCUACGACAUGUCUACAAACAGGACUAUUCACGAACAGUACCACAAACUCAGCGCCCACUGCACGAAUAAUCAAGCGGAGCUGUGGGCAAUGUACAAGGCCCUCUCCCACAUCACCAGAAAUCUUCGUCGUUUUCCCGGCAGCAUAGGUUUCUUCACAGAUAGCAAAUAUGUGCUUAGUGUCAUUAGAGGAGCGAAGAAACUUACUGCCACGGGUAUAAAGCUGUACCACCUUGCCAUCAACUUAAACCGGUAUAGAAACAUCACCUUUAGUUGGAUACCGGGCCACUCAAACAUACAAGGUUACGACAGAGCGGACUGCCUGGCCAAAAGAGCAGCUGAAAUCAUAACGAAUCCAUCUUUCGAACUAAUUCCACCCAGCUAUAUCAACAACCACAUCCAUGAGAAGAGUAUAGACAUAUGGGAAAUGGACUGGAAUUCUUCCACUACAGGUCGUAUGACGCACGGAUUCCUUCCGUCUAUCCGAAAGCGUCAGAAUUACUCCUACAUUACCCCAUCCUUCUAUCUGUCGCAAUGCCUAACCGGGCACGGCAACAUCCCAUCGUAUCUACAUAGGAUAGGGAAAAGGAGGAACGAUAAGUGUACAUGUGACAACAGUGCUACUGGAGACAUCUAUCACAUUCUCCUGGAUUGCCCAUUCUACGACACCAGUAGGCAAGAACUCAAACUCUACUGCACCUCCCACGGCCAACCGUGGCCACCGGACCUCACCUACCUGUGUGCCCACAAAGACAGCUAUAACCAGCUUAUUAAAUUUAUAAACCUCUGCGAUGCAUUUAAGAAUAACUUUUCUCCGCAUCCCAACAAACCGGAAAUUGACAACUGA